UCAACCGAAGGCCUUUCUCGGGAACACGAACCUUCUUCAGCAUUGCCUAGGGGGGAAAUUGAGGUCCACGUUAUCUAGAGUGGACCAAGCCAACAAGCAUUUGCAGAAAAGCAUCCUAAAAGCAUAUUUCAUUGUUCGUCAAUCCUUUUAAGCAGCAGAAAAGCAUCUCUUCGUUUCAACUUUCCCCCUGAGAUCACCAUGGACAAAGGGCAGAGUCAGAGAAAGAGAGCGGAGGAAGAGAGCAUUGAGGGAGCAUCCACUUCUUCGUUCAUCUCUUCGGUACCCACAGAUGUAGGCAGGGGUCAAUACGACGUGUUCUUGAGCUUUAGAGGCUCGGAUACCCGCAAGGCAUUCACCGAUCACCUCUACCAUAGUUUGAUCAAGGCAGGGACUGUCCCGAUUUGCGUGUUCAGGGACGAUAACAGCAUACCAAUUGGUGAGGAUUUUGGAUCAGAGAUUCUUGAUGCCAUCACACGGUCUAAGAUUUCGAUCCCCAUCAUCUCUGAAAAUUAUGCUUCGAGCAAAUGGUGCCUCCGCGAGCUCAUUCAUAUCAUGGACCGCAAGAAGAGCACAUCACACACAGUGUUGCCUAUCUUUUACAAAGUGGACCCAUCGGAUGUGCGGUAUCUAAAAGGAAGUUUUGGGGAGGCAUUCCAUUCGCGUAAAAAGCAUUUUGAUGAGAAGGAUAUCCAGGAAGGGCAGCGAGCACUUAGAGAAGUGAGUGACUUACAUGGAUGGGAAUCCGAGAAAGUUGCUAACGGGCAUGAAGGAGAAUUAGUGGAAAAAGUUAAGAAAAAGGUACUGAGCGAGUUGCAACAAGAUUUUCAUCUUGAUGUUAGUAAGCGCUUGGUUGGAAUUGGUGAUCAUGUGAACAAAAUCAGGAAUUGGGUAGACACUCCUACCACUAAUGCUCGAAUGAUUGGAAUCUAUGGCAUGGGCGGGAUCGGAAAAACGACACUUGCCAAGGUAAUCUAUAACCGGCUGUCGAAUGACUUUGUGCAUCGCAGCUUCCUUGCAGAUAUUCGAGAAACAGCUUGCCGCAACAGUAUUCCGUAUUUACAAAAGCAACUAAUUAAGGAAAUUCUGCAAAUCGAACUUGAAGUUUGGAAUGUUGACGUUGGAAUUAAUAUAAUCAAAUCAAGAUUCAGAGGAAAAAAGGUCCUCAUUCUUCUGGAUGAUAUAGAUGCCAACGAUCAACUAGAUGCACUGGCUAGGGAGUGUAAUUGGUUUAUGGCAGGAAGUAUCAUCAUUGUUACAACUAGAAAUGAAGCCGUUCUUGAUCAAUCUGAAUUCGAGGUAGUCUACAAGUACGAAUUGAAUGAAUUGGAUGAGGAGCAUGCUUUGCUUCUGUUUAACAGACACGCAUUUCGUACGGACCAUUCUUUGAGGGAUUUUGAGGGUGUAUCUCGUGAUAUCAUAUCCACCAUGGGUGGGCUUCCCUUGGCACUUGAAGUUGUUGGUUCAUAUUUGUAUAAAAAAACGAAUCGAAAAGUAUGGGAAGAUGUGCAAAAGCAAUUAAAAAGCCAACCGCAUAGAGAUGUCCAAAAGAUAUUGCGAAUAAGUUACGAUGCAUUAGAAGAUGGACAUAAGCAUAUUUUUCUUGAUAUUGUUUGUUUCUUUAUUGGAGAAGAGAGUAGCAAGGAAAGGCGCAAGUACGCCAUGUACAUGUGGGAGGACUGUGGGUUUUAUCCAAGUCAAGGAAUUGAAGAGUUGAAGUUGAGGUGCUUAAUUAAAAUUGGAGAUAAUGGUAAGUUUAUGAUACAUGAUCAACUGAUAGAUCUUGGAAGGAGUAUUUUUUGCCAAGAACAACUGCUUGAGAAACGUAGUGGGCCAUGGGACCGCGACUACAAUGGAAUCACAAGAGCACUAGGACAUCAAUGGUUGGGGAGUUUUGGUCCUGGACCCUGGUUCGAUGACUGGACGAGGGCAGCUUUAAGGGGAGACUCCAACGAACUCCUUUCUGAAAUAAGAUGGCUUCAAUUGUGGGUCGCGGGAGUCGAUCUGUCUCUUCUAACAACCAAUCUACCGAAAUUAUCGGUGCUGGAUUUAUCAGAGAACUCGAUCACAGAGGAUUGGGAAGGAUGGAGUACAUUCAUGACGGCAAAGCGGCUACUAGUUCUCGACCUUAGAUGGUGUAAUGGUUUCAGAUGUACUCCUGAUCUCUCAGCUUUCACGCAGUUGAAGAUCCUCACCUUGAGAGGUUGUCGCAAACUGGAGCAUCUCCACCCUUCUGUUGGCAAACUCAAGAGCCUCGUUUCCUUGGACUUGCAUGAAUGUGAAAGUCUCAAGGAGCUACCAGAGGAAGUGGGCGAAUUAAAAGAUUUAGAAGAACUUGUAUUAGAUGAUUCUGGUAUUACAAAUAUCCCUACGUCUAUUGGUUAUCUAAGGAAGCUGAAGACACUGAGUGCCUACCGUUGUAAGUCACUGAGAGAAAUCCCUAGCUCAAUUGGGGAUUUACAGAAUUUGCAACACCUGAGCUUGAGUCGUUCUGGGCUUGAAAAGCUUCCUAGUGCUAUUGGGGAUCUUUCUUCUCUCCAGCGCCUUUACCUAUGGGGCUGUCGCAAGCACCGGUCGCUGCCACAGCUUUCUAGCCUAAUCCACCUAGAAAAACUCCAUCUUUGGGCAUGCCAUCUACUUGAAGACAUCCCCGAGCUUCCCUCAAGACUCUUGAAACUCUGUAUUGAGGAAUGUGGUAAGCUGAUAUUGCUUAAGCUCGACGGAUUGAAGAACUUGGAAAUGUUUUCAAUAAAAAAGUGCAAUUCAAUUGAAAGAUUGGACCUUUCACAAUUAAUUUGUUUGAAACGAUUACGUGCUAUGCGCUGCGAUAGCCUAGUCGAAAUUCAGGGCAGUGAUAAUUUGGAGUUCUUGGAGGGCAUAUUUAUAUAUGACUGCAAUUCCAUUAAAAGGCUUCUCUGUCCAAAAUCAUGGUGUUUGAAGAAAUUAGUGGCUGUCAAGUGCAACAAUCUAGUUGAAAUUCGAGGUCUUGAUGGUGCCAAAUUCUUAGAAGAGUUGGAUUUUACGGGAUGCGAAUCAAUGGAGAUGUUGCCAAAUUUGACGGGAUGUGAGAAAUUGCGAUCUCUAAAUGUUCGAAACUGCAAGAAACUUACUCAGCUUGGGGGAUUUGAAAAGUUGGAUUUAAUUGAUUUGAAUAUCUCUGGUUGUUACUCAUUGGAAGCAAUACCGAAAUUAUCCAGAACACGCAUCUUUAGAAAUUAUGAAGAAGAGCUGUCUUACGACUCACGCUGUGAUGAUUCCUCAACAGAGAGUGAUUGA